GAAAGAUAGUGAAGUGUUGGCUAUUUUAUAAAGAGUAAUUUACCUUAUUGGUAUGUGUAAAUUUCUAGGUCAGCGAAUCAGAGAUAACGCCCAAUGUAACCAACUGUAGGUUUUCAUUUCUCCAAGGAUCACAGGCUGAAUAAACAUAAAAAAAAAACCAACUAAAAAACUAACAAAAAUCAUUUAAUAGAGCUGUAAGAACGCAAAAAGCAGAUUGAAUUUUGCCACCAUGGAGCUGAUGGCACAUAGUAACGUAAAGUUUAGUCUGGAUAUCCUGAAGACAAUAGUUUCCAGCAAACCAACUGAAAAUAUUUUUGUCUCACCUUUAAGUAUUCAGACUGCCAUGGCCAUGCUACAUCUUGGUACCAGGAAUAAUUCUAAAGCAGAAGUAGAGAAGGUUUUAUAUUUUGAUUUUGAUUCUGUUCAUGGUUCUCUAGGAGAAUAUUUACAAAUAUUGAAUCAAAAACAAUCAUCAUAUGCCUUGUCUUCAGCUAAUCGAGUUUUUAUUAAUAAUAAAUAUAAAUUUCUAGAAGAAUAUCUUCAGACAUUACAAGCUACAUACAAGGCUGAAGCUCAAACCUGUGAUUUUAUUAGCAAUGCUGAAGGAGAGAAAGAGAAAAUAAAUAAAUGGGUUGAAGGAGAAACCAAUUCUAAAAUAAAAGAUUUAAUUCCUUCUGGUAUGUUGAAUCCAUUGACGGCCAUGGUUUUAGUUAAUGCUAUUUAUUUUAAAGGAAACUGGGAAAAUCAGUUUGAAGUUGAAGACACACAAUCUGAAGAAUUUUACAUUGAUCCCUCGUCACAUGUAGAUGUUCAGAUGAUGAGAAUGAAAAGGAAGUUUAGAUUCGGCCAGAGUGAUGACCUCGACUGCAGCAUUCUUGAGUUACCUUACGUAAAGAAAGAUUUGAGUAUGGUUCUUUUACUGCCCCAGCAAAUUGAUGGCGUAGCGUCAUUGGUGAAUAAUUUAACACCCAGUAAUCUGAACAAAUUAAUGAAAGAAAUGAAGGAAAAUAAAGUGGAUAUUGCUCUACCUAAAUUUAAACUUGAAGCAGAUUUAAACCUGAAAGAAGUUCUGAUAAAUCUGGGUUUAUCUGAUAUAUUUAAUAAAAGUAAAGCUGAUCUGUCAGGAAUUGAUGGCACCAGGGAGCUAUAUGUAUCUGAUGCCAUUCACAAAGCUUUUAUAGAAGUUAAUGAAGAAGGUACUGAAGCUGCUGCUGCUACUGCUGUGGUUAUGAUGAAAAGGAAGAGAGUGAUACACAAAACAUUUCAUGCUAACCAUCCAUUCAUUUUCUUUAUAAAAGACAACAUAAGUCACAUGAUUUUAUUUUGCGGGAAAUUACAGAAUCCCAAAACUCGAUAAUCUAAGCAUUAAGAAUAAUGCCGUUUGAUAAAUGGACGACGCUGGUGCAAAAUCUGUUUGAUGAAUUUAUAAAUAAAAUUUUAUAGAUUUGUAUGAAAAUGUCAACACUGGUCAGUUUUUGCAAAUGAAACUCUUUUGUUAGUACAUGAAUUAUAAAGGUUGGCCAUUACGAGAAUUAGUAAAUAUAUGAAAACAUAGCAUUGUGUUAUCGACUUUCCAGCGCAGUUUCGCCUUAUCACCUUGUCAGCGGUGAUGGACGGGUGGGGGGGGGGGCAAGGACAGUGCCUAGUCGUUCGAAUGUGACGAAAAUCGGGGUCCCGUGUACGCAUUGGCAUACACGCGAAAGAACCCUUGGCAGCUGGAAUUCGAUAUAAGAGUAGACCAUAGCACUGCUGUCCGGGCAAAAUUUCCCACAAAAUUACAGUGAAAAAUAUGUAAUUUUUUUAACAUAACGCUGUAAAAAUACCACUGCAUGUUUUUAUACUAUAAAUUUACUGUAUUAGUGCAGUAACAUAGGAUUACUGUAAACAAUUGGUAA